GUAUCGUCAGUUACUACCAAGUUGGCACGUUGUUCUCUUCGUCGUUAUAAUAACAGAGUAACCUGUAGUAAGAUGAUAACAAGACUGUUCCUCUUUGAUAAUGACUUCCACUGCUACACCGGUUUUAUCGAAAGCUCAGCAAAGAAAGUCCCUGUCAGCUAAGAAGGGCCCAAUCAAAGGUUUGAAAAAUGUCUUGGCUCAACCGUACGAAAACUAUUGGCCACUUCUAAAAAAUGACGAAGGUGCGACUUUGGAAAAGCUUCUACAAAGAUUAUUACCGGUUUUGAAACGUUCUGAAAGUAAAGUACCAUGGAGUCAACUACGCAAAGUGAAAAAGGAGGAAAGAGCAGCAGCAAGACGAGCUGCACAGGUUAAUUCCGAUAGCAAUUAUGAUGAAGUUGCUGCGAAAUCUGUUGUAUUUGGAGUUAACGCUGUCACAAGGCUGCUGGAGAAGGACAAUGCCUCCUGCAUUUUGCUUGAUGGCAACGUAGAUCCUUCUUUACUUGUUAAACAUGUUGUUGUUAUGGCUAAAAACAAAGAUAUUCCUGUUAUUUUGUUAUCAUUUUUAAAAAGAGUGACAUUGGAAACUAUUGGAUUUGCGUCAGCAGCUAUUGGCUUGAAGAAAGAUGUGAAGGAUACAGCUGAUAAUUAUUUUUUCACACUACUUGAAAAAGUAUCUGAAUUAUCAUCAGAUUUGUCAAGGUCUAAAACACCUGUUGCCUUAUUUCAAGAAAACACACAGGUGGAUGACGAGGAAAAUAAAAUCCAAGUAAAGGAUGAGCCUAUGGAAGAGGAUAUAAAAAAAGAUGCAAAACCACACACAGUAUCUACUGAUGUCUACUUGUACAGAACAUCGAAGAAAGAAAGAGUUUUUCAACCAGCAAAUGCAUCCAAAGAGAAACCAAAUAUUGAUAAAAGUUGGUGUGAUUAUAUUGCUUUGGAUAAUGAUGGAUUCAAUUUGGAUGAAAGACCAGCCAAGGUACCGUUAAGAUUUUUUGAAAGUGUGAAUUCUGAUAAAUGCAAUAAUAGUGAUAGUGACAAAGUACAAAGAAAAACGACCAAGAAGAGAACAGGUGAGUCACACGAUAGAGUUAGUUACAAACCAUUAAAAGUGAAACGUUUAAAAGGUAAUGAAUCAAGGACUAAAGCCAUUAGGCCUCCAAAAGUAAAAAAGAAGUAACACUGUUGUAUAGUUCUUUUUUAUAAAUAAAGGACUGUUGUAUUUUUUAUACAAAAAUUUUACACUAUUUACAGUAAUAUCUUACAGUUAUAUAUUUUUAAUUUUAUAAAUAUCGAAUGCCUUAGAGUGCUAGGAUGGUAUCAAACAGGUAGGGUUGAACUGACUGAUGACCUGAACAUUCUCGUAAAAAACAUCAGUCCUGUUGUGCCACCAGGUAUAUGACUUAUCAAAAAUGUCAACAUUGCGAUCAAUUGACAUACCGCACACAAGACAGUCAGCGACGUAGAUUGUAGAUGAAGAGCAAAGUACAGUGUACCGGUUAAUGUGACGAUAUAAAUAAUAGAAAAGCAUCUUCUCUCGGCUGAGAAGAGGGACUUUAUGUAGCUCAUA